AUAAGGCGCAAUCGUUCAAGGCCGUCGGGUAGUUUUUUUACCACUGCAACCCCGAAAGACUGAGUUGGCAACAAUUUGAUCACGAGGAGGUGAACGAUUGCGUAUACCUACAUGCGCUCUAGAUGCUUAUAAAAAUGAACAAAUAGAAACCCAGACAGAGAUCUGGCGCGAUUUUCGACUGGCCACUGUCCUUAGAUUAUCAGGUCUUAUGGGUAUUUCCUAUGGUGAGGGACAGACAACUUUCUUGGGAACCUUCGUUGCAUAGAACAAUAAGGACUAGCAAUUUCGUAUUCAGGGUCUAAAUACCGAUCGUUUAAAUGCACCAAGAGUGUCGUUUGCGUGACUUCAAAGGAUUCAGACCUACUGGAGAUAAAUGUAAAUUCAUUCGUGUAGAAAAACCUUCACUUCGAUAUAGCGUGACGUUCUUGCAAAUUGAUUUGAAGAAAGACACAUUUUGUGUUUUAAAUAAUUUAUUAAAAGGGAUUUACAACGAUUUUACUAACGCUUAUCGACGCUUUGAAGAAUCAGAUGUUUCAUUUCAAGUGUCUGCGCAGCGCAGAAUUGUUGCACGACUUAAUGUGUUAGUUCUUAUAUCACAACGUGUAUUCGAGGCUGUACGUGGACUACCUCACCUAAGAACUCCUCUUCUCCGAUCAGUAUACCAUAUUUUACGUUUACCACUUUGGCACCACAACCCUUCACUGCGAUGUGCAGCUUUACGUUGCCUUCGUUAUUAUGUACAUAACAGCGUUGAUGUCGAGCUACUCUUGGAAUGUCGUCUAGAUCUAUUGAUUGCUCGAUGUAUGGACUUAUCUUAUUAUCCCACAAAGUUUAUUUUAUCAAAUGGGUUGUCUGGAAAUUCUUCGGCUACCUCAAGGGCAAAUAAUAAUCCGCGUACUAAAUUCCUUGUCACAUCAAAUCCAAUCAGUUCUACGUGUUAUUCUUCAUCUUACCAGUUGAGUGAAGAAUCAUCAAAUCAUCAGCUAAUUAAAGAUCAUUAUCAAUCCUCUGGAGUCUUAUUAAAAGGGACAAAUGCUACCCGUUUCUCUCGUCCUCGUUUUUCGGAUACUGAUCAUCCUAUAAAAUCAACUAUAACAACUCGAAAUUCCUCACCGCCUUUUCUGUCUUCUAUUGGUGAGCGCCAAAUUGUACUGCGUUUGAUUUACUACCUCACUCAACUUACACCACGAUUAAUUCCUCCAAGUAUAAUUCAUGCUGUUGCUGCUCCUUGUUUAGAAGUUCGUCGUCAUUUGAUUGCUAAUUCAAAUGAAUCUAGUAAUAAAGGAGAUGCUCAUGCGGCAUCAGGUGUGGGAGCUCCUGCAGUUGUAUCACGUCAUAUACUUCAAAAUCGUCCUUGUCGUAUUGGAGAUUUUGGAGAAGCAAAAGUUAAAAUAAAUGAUUUUAAUGAUCUGGAGCUAGAUACAACUAUCCGGGGUUGUUUACUAAUUCUUGCUGAAUUAGUUAUUCUAGCCCUAGAACGUCUAGUUGUACGCACAAAUCCUUCAAUUGUUAAUCAUUCGAAAAUUAAAUUAUCUUAUUCCAAUUAUUACCAUUACUAUUACCACUACUAUUAUUGUCACCAUCAUGAUGUCGAUCAUGCCAACAAUCAUCGACAGUUUUAUUAUUAUAAUAAUAAUAGUGAUAAUAACAAGUUGAACGUUUCAAUUGAUAAUGGAAUCAAAGAAAAGUUACUGUUAUUGUUUCCAUUCAUUGGACAAAUUAUAAUUCAAGCUUUAAUGACUACAUUCGUGUUCAAUAAUAGUACAAUGCAUACAUAUCAUUCAUCACGUAUUCACGAAGCUGUUAUUCUGUCGUUGAUUACAGUUCUUAAUCGCUCAGAGUGUACACAACUUUUACCUAAUAGUCUUAUUUCGAAAUUCUUCGUUACUUUCACAUCUCCAUCAUAUUUGCUGCCCCGAUCGAAAUUACCUUUCAAUGUAUAUCCUUCAUUUCCAAUCUGUGCUAGAAAUUGUUUAAUUCUUCUCCUUCGUUCAUGGCCAGGUAUUUUCCAUUUUAUUCAUGAUGGUCUCCCAACUUUACAAACUUUACUGUAUACGUUGGCUGUUGGUAAUACAGAAAUUAGAAACCAAAUAUUAAGCUUAUUAUAUGGUUUAUUCCCAACAAUACCUAUACCUCAUUCAUCUGUCAAGGAAUUAGAACCAACCAUACUGGGUCUUAUUGAAGCAUUGUCUACUGGUUCGUUCUCUUUGUUGCCUGUAAUAAAUCUAUCGAGUCCACCAGGGAAGAGAAGUGAUUAUUUACGCAAUGAGAUGUCAUGUUCAUAUUUGGACAGUUCUUCACGACGUCUAUUCUCAAUAUUACCAGUAAGGUGUAUUUCAUCAUCGUCAUCUAGUGCUUGGAAUAUUGAAGGUGAUUUCAUUCCUGCAGAAGGUUGUCGUCUGUUAACUAAAUACGAUUCUAUUGGAAUUGAUUUAAUGAAUAAUUAUUAUGCCAUAUUACUUGCUACAUUGAUUCAAGCUGGAUUAUACGAGGCUCUGAUUCGUGCAGUUUCCGAUUCAAAUCAAGUAACAUCUACUCGUGCUGGUUAUCUUCUUGGUUUGUUGGCUUACAAAGUUGAAAGUCUAUUACCUCAAGAACAUCCGGCGUGUAGGCGUUUACAUCAUGCUGGUUUAUUGCAUCCAGAUACUCCAGGUAGUCAGUUAGCUGUCUUGUGGUUGGAACGAAUACAUCGUGCUAUGCAAUUGCAUGAAACUCAACUAAUUGACACAUCUAACCUUAUUCACGUGCCAUUGCAUUCUCCCUUUCUGGAAUGUUUAGCCAAACAAUCUGCAAAUAAUAUCUCUCCAACUUAUUAUCCUUUGAAUCCAUUGCUACAAGAUCAAAUGGAACUUACGGAUACAACUCUGGAUCAGUUGAUCGCAUUAUCAAAUGUGUUAUCAUUCAAGUCAAAAUCUCAACAUGGUCGUUUUAGUCAAUGUCAGGUGACUACAUAUGAUACUAGAUCACCGGAGUUAUGGAAUUGGAACAUUUUAACCUCAUUAGGCCGUCAUUUAGCUGUAACUCGAUGCACAUUUUCUUGGGAAUCAAAAUCACAUAUGAAAUUUCUAAAAGCAGUCAUGGAGUUUUUGAUACCAGAUCAGACAUGCAGAACAGGUAUAUCAGAUUGCAAAACUGAAAAAUGCUCUGUUCCGAUUUCUCCUCCAGUAGUGUAUUCUUCUAUUCCAAGUAAAUCUAUGCAGUCAUCGGAUGGGCUAUUACCAAUUGAUGGACUUCUGAAUGCAAUCAGUGAUAAUCGUAAUUUUGUGCUACAAAGUGUAAAUACUUUGAACGCACACGAUAAUACUGAUCAUUUAUUAGUAUAUUCUCGAGAGAAAAACAUGUCUGAUAUUAAUGCUACAAGUACUAUCAUGAAUAAUAAUUCUAAUACAAGUCGAUCGAAUUAUUUAAUCAAUCCGAAUGCCAAUUUCAAUUUAGCUUGGCUUUCAUAUAAUUGGCCUCAUGCGUCAGCUGCUGGAAUUUUAGCUGCUGGAUUAAUAACACAUUUGGCAUACUAUCCUCCAGCUAGUGAACCAUUUCAAUACUUGGAUCGUUUUUUAACUGGACUCCAUCUAUGUUUAAAAUAUGUACUCAACAAACAAUCUAAUGAAUCAUUAAUCAGUCAUAAUGAUAAUAAUAACGGUAAUAAUAAAUCAAUAAGUCAGAAACUUUCGCAAGACAGUAAUAAUAAUCCUAACAAUAGUAAUAACACUAAUAAUAUAUUAACAUUCCAUCCAAAUUAUUUGGCUAAAAGCUGUGGUGGUCUGAUUUUAUUUGCCGCAUCACGAUUAACCAACUCUGAAGUCGGUGAAUUACGUUUGGAAAAAAGCGAUCUUUGUUUAGAUUUCCAGUGUAUUUUAAUGUUUCCUAGUCAAUUGAAAAAAAAUUCCAAUACAUAUACUGAAACUCACUGUAAUGAUACGGAUGAUAAGCGUAAUCAACAAUCCAUUUUUUUAAAUCAUGCGAAAAUUAUAUUGUCUAGUCUAGAUUAUACACAUUCUACUAAAUUGAGUCGUUUGCUCUUGACAACUGCUGUAAAUAGUGGUAUAAAGCCUUUACGAAUUUAUACAAUUCGUUUGAUUCGUCUUUUAUUUCGUCUGAAACUGCCGUUCCUAGCAAGUUGGUGUAUAGAUUUAGUUGUAAAACUAUGCAUGGAUCCAUCAAACAAAAUUCGUCGUUUAGCCUUAUGCCUAUUAGAAGAAUUAUGUUGGGAUCCUGUAAAUGUUCAGGCUUUAUCGCAAAAUAUUCUACAUAACCAAACCAAUGAUGACAAUAAUAAUGUUUGUCAAAAAAACUUUUUAACACCAUUUGCUAUUUAUUUAUUGCAUGGUAAUACCGGUCCAAUAGGACAUAGAAUAUUUGGUAGAAUUCUUUCUAUCACGACUAUAUUCGAUAAACUGUGCAUGAAUCAUAUUACUUGGAGACAUCCAAAUUCAUCAUUUCUUCAUUGUGAUGACGGUCGUUGUUGUACACCGCAAACAAAUAAGAAUAUGAAUUGUUCAAACUCAUGUCUGUCUUGUAAUGAACUGAAUAGUAGUAAUAAUGAUAAUAACAAUAAAUCCGUGUUAAGUGAUCCAGUGAACUGGAUGCUAGAUGUUGCACGAAAGCACUACAAUUUAGCUUAUGCAAAAGAAAUGGACGAUCGGUUUACUUCGUUGUUUGUUACAUAUGGAACGAAAUUACUUUCGGGUACAUCUUAUAAGUCAACAAGUUUCACAUCUUUUGAUUCAGCAACAACGAACUUACAAAUACUGUCACCUUUACAUUUUAAUACCAAUACUGACGAUGAAAAUAAUGAUGAUGAAGAAAACAGUGAGAGAGUUGAUCGACCUAGCAAUUCAGAAUUUAAUUUUGAAGACAAUUAUUUUACUGAAGAAACUGACUCAGUUUCCGGAACGUAUGUAUCUCCUCCGUUGGUAAAUGAUCAAUCGAUUGAUCAAGUUGUUGAUGGACAUGAUAGUUUUCAUUGUUUACCGCUUCCAAAACAUCUUUAUGCAUGUAUAGCUGAACAUCGUAAUGGAAUCGACUUGUUAGAUACAAGAAAGGAUUUAGAGACCGCUGUUGCUAAUAUACGUUCUGUUUUGCCUCAAAUAAUCAACGAUAAGUAUGAAGAAACAAACACUUAUAAUGAUAAUAAUUCCCUGUUAAAACUUAAAGCAGAUAUGUGGGCCUUAGCUCAUACCUGUUCAACAUCUUACGGACAAUACUGGUUAUUAAGACAUCCUGAACUGAUGACAUUAUUAACCAGUCUUGCUUUACACUCCAAUCUAAUGAACAUCAGAGCGGUUGCAUGGAUUUGCUUGAAUUUAAUUGCUACAUCAUCAAAUCAAAUUUUUCGACAAAAUAACUGUCUAGGAAUCUUACAAAAUAACCAAUCAUCAAAGCACAUUAAUGAUCUUAAGUGCAAUGAAUCUUUAUCCGAUUGGUUAUUCAUUCCUCAAAUAUUUUAUGAUAGAAAUGUUAAAACUGUCGAAGGAGCUCAAGAUGAGAUAUUAGUCUACCCAAAAAUCCAAUCACUCAGUGGACAAAUGAUCCAAACCAAGUCAAAACCAAAUCGAUUACUUUCUGAUAUCUUUUCUGUCAUUCCUCCAGUCACUAAUUUUGGAGCAGAAACUAAAAAUGAAAAUCUUCCUCUUAGUACACAAAAGUCCAUCAAAUCGUCAGUUCGUAGUCAAGUAUUUGGAAACUUUAAUCGUUCCCGUCGGUGGUUGCAUCGUCGUUGGUCACCUAAUCAUAGACGGCUUUCUCCACCAAUUUCUGAAUCAAGAGAACAUUCGUCAUUUCAUUUACCGAGUCAUCAUCAUUUUGUAUCAUUUGUUAAACCAAAGCAUUCAAUAAAUUCUUUUACUCAAAUUGAUUCGUUCAGUUAUGAUGUAUCAUCUGUCAAUAUUUCAUCUAAGCAACUUUAUUCUACAUGGACACAUCGUGACUGUAUUUCACAUCGUCAAGUUGUUUCGCCUUCGUUUACCACAAAUGGAUCAGCACUUGCUGUCGAUCAUGAUGAUCAUGAAUUGACCGAUUCAAAGCCUAAUUCUAAUUGUUCGGAUACCAGAUGGUUGUUACAAUCGUUGUUUCACUGUGUACACAAAAAUCAAAUUAUUUAUUUACCAACUGAUAUAAAAAUAUUGGGCUUUAAAAAGUAUACUAAAAAUAAGCAGAAAUACACAUUGAAGAAUCCGAUUAAAUCACUUCAGUUAUCAUCACCUCCAUCAUUAUUCAAUAGUAAAACAAAUGUAUCGAUCAAACCUUUUUAUAAUGAUAAUUCACAUUGUUUAUUUAGAUCACUGAAUUCUCUGGACAAUAACAAACAUUCAAUAUCCUUUAUUGAUAUUGCUGUGCAUGUUCAAUUAAUGCUAUCUUUAUAUUCUAAUGACAAAUUACCUACAUUAUCAUCGAUACCUGAUGAAAUAUCAACAGAUACUACUAAUUAUACUGCUAAAAAUGAUAUCAGUGAGUGUUCAUCAAUACAGCAAAGUAGUUGUGACAACGAAAAUCGAUUGUAUUCACCCAGUAUACAAAUUACUGAUCAUUCAAAUAUUUCCUCGUCGCACCAAGAAAAUCAUGCAUUUGAAAAAUCAUCACUUAUAUCUGAUGAGAUUCGUAUUGUUUCUGCACAGCCCUCCAUCACCUCUGUAUUGUCAUCUAAUCAGAAUUAUUUUGAACAUAAAAACCAUGAAUUAAGUAUUUCAUCAAAUCAUUCAAUUGAAAAAUUGGGUGCAGUUGACAAUUGGCUUGUUUCAUCUGAAGUGAAUGAAAUAAAUUUGACUAGAAAUGAUAAUGAUUUGCCCAGAUUAUCUGUUGUAAGAAUGUCAUCUGAAGAAUGUAUUGACGUAGAACAAUCUCCUGAGUUAUCAAUUAAGCAUCACCAUCAGUUGAAGAAUACAAAUGAUCAUGAUGAAAGCAACGAUAAUAAUAAUAAUAAUAAUGGUGGAUGGAGUAAUACUGAAAAUAAAGUGAAUUCAUCAGUUCGUUCAAAUUGUCUAUCACCUAGUACAUGUCUUUCUUAUUCAUGUUCUUUGACUAACAAUGAUAAUAGUGAUUCGCAAUGUGACCAACAAAUGACUGAACAAGAUAUGUGGUGUAAUCAACUGUUAGAUUCUAUAUCGAAUUUAUCAUCGAACGUAUUCUCCUGUUCAUCAUCUCAUGAUAAUAAUAGCAAUACAUUGGAUCAAAUUAUUCAUAAAGCUAUAAUUACACAACAAAAUUCCAAAGGUUCUAUACAACCUUUCAAUGCGUGUACCUAUACAAUAAUUGCUGAUUUACUUGGUUCCUAUCCUUUUUCACGUUCAAUACGAACUAAAAUACAAUCUGUAUUUCUUUACUUUCAAUUAGAUGAACUUAUGGUCGACGCAAAUAAUUCUUUAAUUGAAGUCGAGAAAUAUUUGAAAUCAGAAUCAAAAUUUACUGAAUAA